GUUGAAGAGAUAGGGUAAAUAUUCGGACGAAAGUAACAGCCAAUUUUUUUGUUGUUCCAAACCAAAUGUGAUCCUGACCACGACUGUGCUGGGUUGUGAGAUGGGUUAAAGCGCGCUUUCUAGCUGCGACAUUGAAGAUGUCCCAACAACGACACAGAAAAACUGACGAUAAUUUUUGAACCUAAGAAGAAUAGGCCUACAUUGUAAAUCAACGAAUAUAAAAAUGUGAUGGGUGCGAACGUCGGCAAAGACAAGAAACAGAGCCCGUCUGUGGACAGGUCAACUGUCCCAGGAUGGCAAGUGUUCCUGUCUGUCACCGGAGUGCUACGCAAUCGUCACCUAAGCGUACUCGGCCAGCCCACCAGGCGAAUGCUGGAAGACAAACAAUCCUCCAUCCCGGAGUCCCUGCUCCCGGCUCCCGAGAGGCCUCAGAUGGAGUGGACACUGCCUGGCUUCAUCUCGCUUUUCCUGCCAGAGUUUCCACACCGCAACUUCACUGGACAAGUCCAUUUCCAGAUUUUGGAACUCAUUGCCAAAGGUUCCUUUGGUCCCAUCCUGAAAGUAAAGGACUGCUCGGAAGAGAAAAUUUACGCAGUCAAGGUCAUGCCCAAGUCUGAGAUUCUGAAGCAGGGUGUGCUGGAGCAGUCAAAGGAGGAGGUCAUCAUUCAGAGGCAGGUCAGACACCCAUUUCUUCACAAUCUCCUGGACUGUUGGCAGACUCAGCGCCACCUCUUUAUUAUGUGCGACUACUGUAGCACUGGGGACUUGUACACCUACUGGACCCUGAAUGGCCAGUUUGAGGAGACAGAGGUGCGGGUGUACGCAGCAGAGCUGGGCUGUGCCCUGGGGUGUUUACAUGAUUUUGGAAUCAUGCACAGAGAUGUGAAGAUGGAGAAUGUUCUCUUAACUGACCAAGGUCACCUGCGCUUGGCUGACUUUGGGCUGUCUCGGCGCUUGGAGCGUGGGGGAAGGGCAUACACCAUCUGUGGGACAAUCCAAUAUAUGGCUCCUGAGGUGCUGGCUGGGGGUCCUUACAACCAUGCUGCUGAUUGGUGGUCGCUUGGUAUUCUGCUGUACGCAUUGACCACAGGAAAGUUUCCCGUUCCUCCAGAGCCUGAUCAUGGCCGAAUGCUGGGGAGAGUGAGAAGAUGUGCAUACGAUAUGCCCGAUACGUUCAGCCCAGCACUUUCCCUGCUUCUCACAGACCUCCUCUGCAAGACCCCAGCCCAGCGUCUGCACAGUUUGGAGCGGUUCAAGAUGCAGCGCUUCUUCUUCGGCACCUCCUUUGACUCUCAGCUCUUGCAGAAGGCGCCCAUGGAGCUGAUCCUGGAGCUGAAGAACCACCCCGACCGCCCGGAAAAGGCCCGCAGAGGCGUCUCAAGUGACCCCUUCCAAAACUUUGACUAUGACUUGUUCAGUUCCCUGUCCAGUCCAACAGACUUGUCACCGACCUUAGCCAAUGCUGAGCCGAGCGUGGAGCUAACUGGGUACGAGCCGCUGCACAUGUGGCAUUCACAUAAAGGAUUGCCUCACGCCGAGAGAAGCGCUACGUUUGUUUGAUAGAUUUAAUGGGUGCCAUUCUCCUAAAAUGCCUGAUUUUGAAGAGGUUUUUGUGUUUUUGUUUUCUAUUUAACCAAAUACCUCCCUGUACUCUGUCUAAUACAUAACGUUUGACUUUUUUUACUGACCAUUUGAUCACUGAUUGUCAUUUCCAACAAAUAAACCUCUUUGGUGAUUCACAGUA